UAAUUCUCUUCUCCAUCCUCAAUUCUCUAUCUGGAAUCGCUCUCUCACACACCCAGUAAACGCACUCGCCGUAUCCCCCACCGUGAAAUCAACGAACAAACGAUGUCGUAUGUACCUCCUCACCUCAGAAAUUCUUCCGCCGCCGCCGCCACAGCCGUCGUGAACGGCCACACCGAUCACUUCCACGGGAAGCAGCUCAACAGCUCAUAUUCGCAAUUCACUUCCGCUAAGAGCAACAAUAGUAAUGGCAACUCUACUAAUUUCUGGAAUGGGGGUUCUCGGAGCUCCGGGAAUUAUGUUUCUUCUGUGCCCGACGCAGUAUUCCCUCAAUGGAAGCCCUCCGACCGUGUUAUCCGCCUUGAACCAGAGCAGAUUCAGGAGGUCCGUUUGAGGCUAAAUGUUGAGGCUACAGUUCCACCAGAUUCACAACUUGCACCAUCUCCUAUUGAAUCGUUUACUGACAUGAAUUUGCAUGCGAGUAUCAUGAAAGAUAUUGCACUUCAUGGAUACACUACACCGACUUCAAUUCAGGCUCAAGCCAUGCCAGUCGCUCUAAGUGGAAGAGAUCUUUUGGGUUGCGCAGAAACUGGCAGUGGAAAAACGGCUGCAUUUACCAUACCUAUGAUACAGCAUUGCCUUGCUCAACCUCCAAUUCGGCGCGGAGAUGGACCUUUGGCAUUGGUCUUGGCCCCAACUAGAGAGCUUGCUCAACAAAUAGAGAAAGAGGUGAAGGCAUUUGGUAGAUCUCUUGACUCCUUCAAAACAGCGAUUGUUGUGGGUGGAACCAACAUUUCUGAGCAGAGGUCUGAGCUGCGAGCAGGAGUGGAUAUAGUGGUUGCAACUCCUGGAAGAUUUAUUGAUCAUCUGCAACAAGGAAACACUUCCAUAUCGAGGAUUUCAUUUGUUGUUUUGGAUGAGGCUGAUAGGAUGCUUGACAUGGGAUUUGAACCUCAGAUAAGAGAGGUGAUGCAAAAUCUUCCUGAAAAGCAUCAAACUCUGCUGUUCAGUGCUACUAUGCCAGUGGAAAUCGAAGAGCUAGCACAGGAAUACUUGACAAACCCUGUGCGGGUGAAAGUGGGAAAAGUUAGUAGCCCCACUGCAAAUGUCUCCCAAGUUUUAGAGAAGGUGCCGGAAAAUGAAAAGGUUGACAGGCUGCUAAAUAUGCUUGUUGAGGCAGCUAAUCAAUCAGAAAGAUGCGGCCAUUCAUUCCCCUUGACCAUUGUAUUUGUGGAACGGAAGAGCAGAUGCGAUGAAGUUGCUGAAGCAUUGAUACAACAAGGUCUGCAAGCGGCUGCUCUUCAUGGUGGUCGUACUCAAAGUGAGAGAGAGACUGCUCUCCGUGAUUUUAGGCACGGUCCUUCUAGAAUACUGGUCGCCACGGAUAUUGCAUCAAGGGGAUUGGAUGUGACUGGUGUUGCUCAUGUCAUCAAUUUGGAUCUUCCAAAGACCAUGGAAGAUUAUGUACACCGAAUUGGAAGGACUGGUCGUGCAGGUUCAACAGGGCAGUCUACAUCCUUCUAUACUGAUCGUGACAUGUUUCUUGUAGCACAAAUAAAGAAAGCAAUUCAAGAUGUCGACUCUGGGAAUACUUUAAGUUUUGCAACGGGAAAGACUGCGAGAAGGAAGGAGAGGGAAGCUUUAGCUGCUCAGAAAGACGGAAAAGGAGGUACAGUGCCAUUGGUUGAAUCGAGAGCGAUAAACGUGGAGGACAAAUACAGGCACAUGAUUUCCCCUUCACUAACCACAAAAGAGGGCGCUGCCGAUGAUGCUUGGGAUGACUAACUCAUCAAAAAAAAAAAAUCGUGUCGAGCCGUAGGUUUUAUUUAUGUUUUCCGAUUCUUGGUUUCCUUUUCGAUCAGCUGAUAGAAAUGACAAAAAAAAUUAUGUUGAAAGUAGAUUGUCGUGUACAUUUACACAAUUUUGUUUAAAAAAUAGUCUUCUAGGCUUUCUAUUCUAGCCCACUGAUUUUACUCACUUGUUGCCAUAACUUUUGUAGUAAUAGAAUGUUAUGCCAUAUCUUUUAUCUUCUUUCUCCAGAAAAUGGAUUUCAAUAAUUGGGAAAUGGGUUUUCGGGUUCUGU